AGGCACAGCGUAUCUAGGACAGGCACAGCGUAUCUAGGACAGGCACAGCGUAUCGAGGACAGGUACGGCGCAUCGAGGACAACCACAUCGUGUUGAGGAAAAGCACAGUGUAUCGAGGACAGGCCUAGCGUAUCUAGGACAGGCACAGCGUAUCGAGGACAGGUACGGCGUAUCGAGGACAACCACAUCGUAUUGAGGAAAAGCACAGUGUAUCGAGGACAGGCCUAGCGUAUCUAGGACAGGCACAGCGUAUCGAGGACAGGUACGGAGUAUCGAGGACAACCACAUCGUAUUGA